UAGCUCCAUCCAUUCAGGUUACUUUCAUUUACCUUCCCAACCGUUAGCAGCACAUUGGCCUUGUGCUGGAGGUUGUGCAGAGACAAAUACCCGAGCAGUUUAUUGGCAAGCUCGUAUUUAUUUGCGUGUAUUUAUCAACAAUGUCCAAAGAGACCGAGCAGGCUGUGGAGGAGGCAACUACAGAGGAGCAGCAGGAGAUGCAGGAUAAAGUCGUGAGUCCUGAGAAGGCAGAAGAAGCUAAGCUGAAGGCUAGAUAUCCUCAUCUGGGCACUAAGCCAGGAGGCUCAGACCUGCUGAGGAAAAGACUCCAGAAAGGGCAAAAGUACUUUGACUCAGGAGAUUACAAUAUGGCCAAAGCCAAAAUGAAGAAUAAACAGCUUCCUGCAGCUGCGGCGGAGAAAACCGAGAUCACCGGAGAUCACAUCCCAACUCCUCAGGACCUGCCACAAAGGAAGACCUCGCUGGUGGCCAGCAAACUAGCUGUUUGAUAUGAACUCUGCGAGGACUUUCCUGUUACCAUUCCUGAUGCUUCGAUCUCUGCUUUACCUCCAUUUUACGUGUGUGUGUGUCGCUCUCGUUCUCUCUCUUUGUUCUUUUGUGUCCAUUUCCUUCCCUAGCUUUCUAUCGCCUGUGUAAUUGCUCCGAAGAAAUGCUGUUUUGAUCAAAUGUUUGCUGCCGGAUGCCAUCCUUUACCCGUUCACAUGUGGAAACGAAACGUUUUGGCUUUUGAAGUAGUAGAUGUAGUCGCAAUUUCUACUCGCAGGUGUGAAUGCACGGUUAUCUGACUGAAACAAUUGAACAGAAACCUUUUUUAGGAUUUUACUAGUUUUACUCACUCACUCACUCACUCCCUUUCUUCUUUGCAACGGUUCAUGUGUGGUCCAGACAUUUACACUAGCUCUCUCAUUUGUUAUAACGAAAUUCCAGUAAGACGCAGAGGGUUUUUCCAACGUGUGCUGCUCGCCUUCUGCGUGUGAUUGGUGAAACUUGCCUUAAUGAUAUCUUCCACGGUUUCUCCUGGGCAAUAUUUGCCCACUCUGAUCAGCGAAGCCCUUCGGGGUUUAGCCACAAGCUUGUGCCGAUGUGUUUUUCCAGUUAGGUCUUCUGGUUGGGGCAGCUCACUCUUAUUCUCCAAACUGUGCACAAGCACCGACUGUCACAACUGUGCCAUUUGUUUUGUAAAUAAACUAGUUUUGCACAAGAA